AUGUCUUCUACAGCUGAUGUUAUCCUAUAUGGUGGUAGUAUUAUCACUAUGGAUGAAAAAAACCCUUCUGCUGAAGCUCUAGCCGUCACAGGAAAUAUCAUUACAGCGGUAGGAAAACUAGAUGAAGUGUUUGCCCUAGCGGGUGAGACGACGAAAGUUAUCUAUCUGAAUCAAAAAACCCUUCUCCCGGGCUUCAUUGAGCCACACACGCAUGCUACGGCAUUGGUCCUGGUUAACACGGCGUACACUAACAUUAGUGGCUAUGAUUACCACACAUAUAACGACGUAAACGAAAAAAUGAAGGAGACUAUUCGUAAACUCGACACAGAAACCUCUCCUCUCCCAUGGGCGUUGUUCUUUGGUUGGGACCCAGAGCUUAUCCCUAGCUUGCCAUUGCUUUCUGCGGACUUUCUGGAUAAAGAAUUUUCUUCUGAAGUCCCCGUCGUUGUGGUUGGCCAGAGCGGUCAUGUUGCCUGGGUAAAUCGGAAAGCUUUUGAGGUAGGUUAUCAUCUACGCUUUUGAGCUAGUGUGCUUAUUUUGAAGAUUUGUCAGUGUUGUUAAUUUGUCGAUUAAGAUUCCGAAUCCUUCGAUUCAACAAAAUGAGAACGAACGAAGACAAAAAGCUUUCCCUUGGGCGUAAUAAUGAGAGCAGAUUAUUCAGUCGUGACUUAUCUACAUUUGGCCUCCUGUGUGUAGUGGACGUGAUAAAAUGCAGAUUGUUUACAAAGAGUUAACACGCGAGUCCAACAGAAGGAGGGGAGGGGGGUGCAAGAAUAGGCGAAAAAGAAUUGAUGUCAAUGCGCCGCGGGAGCUCUGUGAGUGAUGCGCUCGAAAAGUUCCUACGAAGAUAGCUGAAGGCGAAUUCGAUUGGUAGAAAACGUCAAUAUCUAAGUGCUUACUGUUUUCAGAAAUUAAAUUGCUUAAAAUUUCUACCUUCUCCCUUAAAAGGAAUUGGAUAAUCGAAGAGGAUGUAUCCUUUACUUUCUCAUUAAAGAACAUCAGGGACCAUAGCAGAAAUAGUACUUAGUGCCUUUAAUUACUGAAGUACUCAUUCAGUGUUUUCUUGUCGGUGAUAAAAGGUGGCUAAUGUAGAUGACUCAAUCGAAAAUGCGGAUGGCGGAGUGUUUGUCAAAGAUGAUGAAGGACAUCUGACUGGUCAGCUGUUUGAGGUGUAUGCAAUAGAACGUGUCACAAGCUAUGCACCACAACCAACACUUUCAGAUUUACAGACAAAAAUAAAAGACCAAUGGAAAGAUUUUGCUUCUCGGGGCUUCACAACAGUCACUGAAAUGGCUUACCAAAGAAACCCAGCGUUUGACACCCUCCUCUUGAAGGAGUCUGAACAAAGAGACUGUCCCAUCCGCCUAGCCCUGUACCAAGUGGUCUACGGUCCUGAAAAUUCUAUCAAGGAAGAGAAAUCUUCAACUCGCUCUCAUUAUCAAUGUUGUCCUAGCUUGCUACGAAUCGAUGAUUCAAUGGACGGAAGCCUAGACCAAGAUGAACCAAUCAUUGAGGGGUCUGACAAGCUGUGGGUAGCUGGUGUGAAGGUUAUUGCAGAUGGCUCCCCUCACUGCGGUACUGCUGCACUGCUGCAGUACAGGAGCCAUAUUUGA